AUGUUAACGUUGCCAACAGUACCUGAACCGAUCGCUAAACGAAAGACACUUGUGGAGCGCGCAGGCGAACCCGUCAGAACAAUUGCGGCUCCGAAGUCCAGCACUACCACGAGUGCUGGACCCAUGUACGCAUUUCAGUCUCAGAACCCUUCUGCAUUCUCGCAAUCCUAUCGAAGCAACUCCAGAAGCACUUCAAACUCUUCAGCAGCAACCGCUUUCUCGACCAGUGUGGGCACUGGCAUUCGACCGACUACAAUUCACCCAACAUCAAAUCUCGCCCGACCAAAAUCAUCACUCGCAAAAGACAGAGGAACAAGAGUGGCCGACUUGAGACCGGCCACAUCACUAGGAACCCGUGGAAGGAUUCAGGAUGGGCCCAAUAACAAAUGUAUGGUAUCCCUUUCUUCCCAACCCAAACCAAUCGCUCUUGCUCGUGCUCCCGUGAGGACUGGACCCGUGAACGUACCCAAAAGGAAUGCUCGAAAUACUUCCCCACUGAAAGGACUUGCCGCGUCUACAAUAUCGUUCAACCGCAACGUCUCGACAACGUCCAUUACAGAGCGCAUGCUGGGUCUUUCGUUGUACUCUCAGACACCCACACCCACACCGAAACCAAAUCGCCCAGAUAGUCCCUCAAGACUUCCUCGUCCUUCACCUCAACUGUCAACACCUCCAGCAAAAGAUUCUUUUACCCCGGCUCCCUUUCCUAAAGAACUUUUGACCACCCCUCGCAAAAACCAAGCAAGACCAUUUCUAACGAAAGAAUCUAAUUUAGUGGCCUGGGAUCCCGAAGAACAAUAUGGCAACAUCGAGAGAAUGUAUGAAGAUGUUUGCAAACACUACAAACAAGCCAUGGAAGACAACAUGGAAGCAAAGGAAAUUAACAACACGUACAAGUCCACCCUUGCCAAUCUUGAGCAAGAUCGGAGAGAUGCAACCGAGGCCAUGAUUGCACUUAGGUGUGAACUUGAAACUACAAAAUUUCGCCUGGAGUCUGCCGAACGAGCAAGUCAUGAUCUCAAACGAGACCAGGAAGCCGAAGUUGAAACUAUCAAGAAUCAGCACAGAGCGGAACUCGAACUCAUUCGCCAGUCCCAUCGAGAUGAUGUGGAGCGCUUGAAGGCUGACCACAGAGAAGAGAUUCGCGAGUUGAAACAACGAUUGGAGGGCGAACUCGAAAAUGAACGCGCGCAACGAAUUCAGGCAUUGAGCCAGGUCUCCACGCAGGGAGUCCUCGAGAGACAACGACAUCAGAUGGAUCUCGAAUCAAAAGAUCACGAAAUACGGACUUCCCAGCUAGAGAUUGAGCGACUUAAGGCGGAUCUUGAGAGAGAAAAGCUCCUCAAUGAUGAUCUUCGUCGCAAUUUGUCCACCGCAGGCGACAACGCAAUGAGCAUGGAAAGUGCUCGACAAGCGCUGCAGGCUAAGAUUGAGUACCUGGAAUCAGACAGCAAAUCUCAAUCAGAAGCGUACGCUGCGAUGGAAAGAAGAAUGAAUGAAGCUUUGGAGAAAGCAACAGAGUGUGAGGAGAAGCUUAGGAGGGAAGAAAUCCUUCGCCGCAAGUUGCACAACCAAGUGCAAGAAUUGAAAGGUAACAUUCGAGUUUUCUGUCGAGUUCGACCCACCAGUGGAAGUGAGGAGGCCGAAGAGACGGCAAAGAUCACAUUUCCCGAGUCGGAUGAAGAAGUCAGAGACAUUGAGAUUAAAGGACCUGAGGAAACAAACAGCCUCGGAAAAGUGACAACAAAGACACAUCAAUUCACAUUCGACCGAGUUUUCGAACCGUCCCAGAGCAAUGCGGAAAUAUUUGAGGAAAUCAGUCAACUCAUUCAAUCCGCGCUGGACGGUUACAACGUCUGCAUAUUCGCCUACGGGCAAACCGGCUCUGGAAAGACAUUUACCAUGUCUUCCGAAGACGGCAUGAUUCCACGAGCCUUACGACAAAUAUACAAUACAAGCAAAGAGCUAGAGUCUCGGGGUUGGAAAUACACGAUGGAAGGCAGCUUUGUUGAAGUAUACAACGAAGAGCUGCGAGAUCUUCUUGGAAAAGACUCCGACAACAACAACAACAACAACAACAACAACAACAACAAAAAACAUCAAAUUCUCCAUGACAGCAUCACAUGUGAGACUACAAUCACUGACGUGACGACCCUCAAUCUCGACAGCCAAGAUCAAGUCGAAGGUAUCCUUGCACAAGCGAUGUCUCGUCGCUCUGUUGCCGCCACAAAAGCCAACGAACGCAGUUCUCGAAGCCACUCUGUCUUCAUUCUCAAACUUGCAGGCUACAACACAGUGACGGGUAAGAAAUGCAAAGGCACACUAAAUUUAGUUGAUCUCGCCGGAUCAGAAAGACUGUCCCAUUCGAAAGUCGAAGGCGCACGACUAAAGGAGACGCAAAAUAUUAACAAGUCGCUAUCCUGCUUGGGUGACGUUAUUGGUGCACUGGGUCAGCAGCAAGCAAACGGCCCAUUCAACUCUAGAGAGAGUGGCAAUGGUGUGGGUUCAUCAUCCACGACAGGAGCAGGGGGAGCACAUAUUCCCUACAGAAAUAGCAAACUCACCUACCUGUUGCAAUACAGUCUAGGUGGAAACAGCAAGACACUGAUGUUCGUCAUGGUCGCACCAGAGAGGAAGUGUCUUGCUGAGACGAUCACGAGUCUGAAAUUUGCAGAUAAAGUGUCGAAGACGAAGAUUGGAGUGGCGAGAAAGACGGUUGGUGGGAAGUAA